AUGGAUAGCUUCAUGGAGCAGAUGUGCGACGCAUUUCGUGACGGUUCUCUGGGUAUCGAUCUAAACAUUGAUCUUGGACAGGUGAAUAGUGUUGAGCCCACCGUUCCAUAUUCAGGUAUCUCUACAUCCGAUGAUACCCUCCUCAAACAUGGGGAAAGAGAAUCUUCUGUUCUUGCUGCAGGUUCCUCGGGACCCGACGCUGGAUUAUUAGCCGAUAUGUUGGCUGAGCAGGCCACCAGAAGAACCGCGGGACCACCCUUUGAGAGUGAUUCAUUCACAGCGUCAGUCAUUGGGAUUAACCCAAUAUCGAUUCCCGGCAUAUCUAGCUUACCUCGGAGUGACGGAUUUGCAGGACCAGCCACCGGGACUGAUACUCUUAUGACUCCUGGCAUUCCCCGGAUACCUGAGGAUGAUGGACCUACAGGACCAGCCGUUGUGCCUGAUGCCACUACAGUUUCUGGGACUGAUAGUUUGUCUGAGAGCGGUGUUUCCCCGCCACAGCCGAGAGGUAUGACUGAUUUGCCUACAGGGGUUGAUAUACCCUCCAUGACUACUCCUGCAGUUAUUUCGGAACCUGUCGGAUUUCAGCCUGAGGGGACCUCCGUUAGCCUUGGUAUGCUCGGAAUUUGCCUUUAA